ACUCCUUCGCUCACUCCAAUACAACUUUUGUUCCGUACCCCAACAAACAAAUCACAUUUAAUAUUUUCAAACCAUAGCUUAUAUCAUGUUUUGCACAUGAUUCUGAUUAAAUAAUCUUAAAGUUUUAUACUUUUAAUUGGGGUAGCAAUAAAGUUUUAAUCUUUUUGCUAGAAUCCUACUUCAUAUAUACAGGAAUUCUUGUUUUGAUCCAUAUUCUCAACAUUUGCACCCCAAACCCAAGAAAAUAACAAUGGUCAGUGAAGAACCUGUAGCAGUCUCAGAUCAACUUCCUGUUUCCACCACCGCUGACGGUGGUGUUGGCGGCGGUGGCGGGAGUCAUAAGAAGUUGACCCUCAUCCCUCUUGUAUUCCUGAUAUACUUUGAGGUUGCUGGUGGGCCUUAUGGUGAGGAGCCUGCAGUCCAAGCAGCUGGCCCACUAUUAGCACUAUUGGGCUUUCUGAUCUUCCCAUUUAUCUGGAGUGUCCCUGAGGCGUUGAUCACGGCGGAGCUCUCCACCGCCUACCCGGGUGACGGUGGGUUUGUUAUAUGGGCUGAGCGGGCUUUCGGGCCGUUCUGGGGAUCCAUCAUGGGUACUUGGAAAUUUUUAAGUGGAGUGAUUAACAUUGCUUCAUUUCCUGUUCUCUGCAUUGAUUACUUGAAGAAAGUGUUUCCUGUUUUCAGUUCAGGGUUACCAAGGUAUUUAGCAAUAACUAUUUCAACAUUAAUGCUGUCAUUCUUGAAUUAUACUGGACUUACUAUUGUUGGUUAUGCUGCUGUUGCUCUUGGAAUUAUUUCACUACUUCCAUUUAUUGUCAUGUCUUUGGUUGCUAUACCUCAGAUUCAGCCUCACAGGUGGCUUAGUUUAGGUCAAAAAGGGGUUAAAAAGGACUGGAAUUUGUUUGGGAAUACACUUUUUUGGAACUUGAAUUUCUGGGAUAAUGUUAGUACACUUGCUGGUGAGGUUGAUAAGCCUCAGAAAACAUUCCCAAAGGCACUGUUUAUAGCAGUGAUCUUCACCUGUUUGGCAUACUUGGUUCCAUUGUUUGCUGUCACUGGUGCAGUUUCUGUUGAUCAGAAUUUGUGGGAAACAGGGUUUAUGGCAGAUGCUGCACAGAUGAUUGUUGGGAAAUGGUUAAAAAUCUGGGUUGAGAUUGGUGCAGUUUUGUCUGCAAUUGGACUGUUUGAAGCUCAAUUGAGUAGUUCAUCUUUCCAAGUUAUGGGGAUGGCAGAUAUUGGGUUUUUGCCAAGGUUUUGUGCUGCAAGAUCAAAAUGGUUCAACACACCAUGGGUUGGAAUAUUAGCAUCAACUGUAAUCACACUUGCAGUUUCUUUUAUGGAUUUUACAGACUUGAUUUCUUCAGCUAAUUUCCUUUACAGCUUAGGGAUGUUGUUGGAAUUCGCCUCGUUUUUAUGGUUGAGGAGAAAGAGGCCGCAUUUAAAGAGGCCAUACCGCGUUCCAUUAGGGUUGCCUGGUUUGGUGAUAAUGUGUUUGGUACCAUCAGUAUUUUUGGUGUUUAUAAUGGUUAUAGCUACUAAAAUGGUGUUUCUUGUAAGUGGGUUGAUGACUGCUGGUGGAAUUGCUUGGUUCUUUUUCAUGAAGCUGUGUAAGUCGAAGAAAUGGUGUGUUUUCGGCAGCAUUCAAGCAGAAGACUGAUUGCAGCAGCAGCAGAAGCAGUUUAUGUAGUAGUAAAUAUAGCUUUCUUGCUUUUUAAUCAAAGUUUAUUCAUGAUAUUAUGCAGAUUAGAUGAUUAGUGGUUCUAAAUUUUUGACACUUUGGUAAAUAUAGCUUUCUUGCUUUUUAAUCAAAGUUUUUGCCUUUCAA